CGAGGAGCAACCAGAACUUUUCCGUCUCACAAAAUAAAAAAUCUAAAAAGGAUCGAUCUUUGUCGUUUUAAGAUUUCCACAGACGAUCGAUUUGCCGAUGCACGCGGCCAUGGCGGUGGCUUCUCCGGCAUAUGCUUACAGUUAUCGCGUCCGCCAGACCCUAGAUCCAUCUUGCUCUCCCUACUCUUCCGCCGCCUCUCUGAUUCGCCGUCCUCCUUCGCCCCAGGCUUCGAGCUUCUUCGGCGGUCGGAUUUUGCUUUCCAGGAGGAUUAAUCUGGCGUGGAGGACAUCGUCGCACCGUUCGCGGUAUGGUUCGCGCGCCGUUCCUCGGGCGCCAGUUAUAAAGGCGGUUGCUACUCCCGAUUCAGCUGUGGAAUUGCCACUAACGGCAGAAAAUGUUGAGACUGUGCUGGAUGAAAUCCGACCUUAUCUCAUUGCUGAUGGGGGCAAUGUUGCAUUGCAUGAAAUCGAUGGAAAUGUUGUGAAAUUAAAGUUGCAAGGGGCAUGCGGGUCGUGUCCGAGUUCUGUAAUGACAAUGAAAAUGGGUAUUGAGCGUCGUCUGAUGGAAAAGAUCCCUGAAGUUGUUGCUGUUGAGUCUAUUCCUGAUGAAGAAACUGGCCUGGAGCUCAAUGAAGAAAACAUUGAGAAGGUGCUCCAAGAAAUUAGGCCGUAUCUUGUUGGAGCAGCAGGCGGGGAAUUGGAGCUUGUAGAAAUCGAGGAGCCAAUAGUUAAAGUAAAGAUCUCUGGUCCUGCAGCUGGUGUGAUGACCGUACGAGUUGCAGUCACUCAGAAGCUCAGAGAAAAAAUUCCAGCCAUCGCGGCUGUCCAACUCUUGUCCUAAGAUUUCGCCGUGCCAUUGUCUACUUAUGCCAAGUAAGUCGAAUGUGCCUAUUGAAUGAUUUUUACGAAAAAUUGAUUUGCCGAGCACGACGGUGGUGCUGUAAGCAAGCAAUGUUAAACCUAUAAUGUAUAAUUUAGAGGAAUUGAUGGAGAGGUGCAUGUUGUACUUACUUACAUGUACAUACGUACCUAUUGAGUUGGUAUUUCAAAUUUCAAUAAUAAAUUUGUCAUCGUA